AUGAAAGUCCAGGCCACUGUGGUGGGGUUCCUGGCUGCGGUGGCAGCAGUGGUCUUGGGUUGGAUUCCUGAGGGAAAGUUCCAGAUGAGCCACGCGGUGCUGCUCUGCUCCAGCAGCGUGGCCACGGCCUUCAUCGCUUCUCUGCUCCAAGGGUUCAUCAUGGUCGGUGUGAUUGUGGGCUCUAAAAAGACUGGGAUAAACCCGGACAACGUGGCCACGCCCAUAGCCGCCAGCUUCGGUGACCUCAUCACUCUGGCAAUUCUGGCCUGGAUCAGCCAGGGCCUGUACCAGUGUCUAGACUCAUAUCCGUACGUGUCGUCUCUGGUGUGCGCCUUCUUCAUGAGUCUGACUCCGCUGUGGAUCGUCAUCUCGUCCAAACACCCGGCCAGCCGCACCCUGCUCUACUCUGGAUGGGAGCCCGUCAUCACCGCCAUGGUCAUCAGCAGUAUUGGAGGACUGAUCCUGGACAAAACAGUGUCUGACCCAAACCUGGCCGGCAUCGUGGUCUACACACCAGUCAUCAACGGUAUUGGUGGGAACCUGGUGGCCAUCCAGUCCAGUCGUUUCUCCACACACCUGCACUUCCACUGUGCUCCAGGAGAGGUCCCCGACGAGGCCAAGGGCUGUUACUACCCCUGCCGCACCUUCUUCGGCUCAGGGGCGAACCAUCGAUCGGCUCAGGUGCUCCUCCUGCUGGUGGUUCCAGGUCACCUCAUCUUCCUCUACACCAUCCACCUGAUGAAGAGCGGCCACACCACCCUCACCCCCAUCUUCAUGUCUGUGUACCUGUCAGCCGCCCUGCUACAGGUGCUGCUGUGUGUGACCUGUGUGGGUUUCCUCCAGGUGCUGCUGUGUGUGUGUUUCCUCCAGGUGCUGCUGUGUGUGACCUGUGUGGGUUUCCUCCAGGUGCUGCUGUGUGUGUGUUUCCUCCAGGUGCUGCUGUGUGUGACCUGUGCUGCUGUGUGUGACCUGUGUGGGUGGUUUCCUCCAGGUGCUGCUGUGUGUGACCUGUGUGUGGGUUUCCUCCAGGUGCUGCUGUGUGUGACCUUGUGUGGGUUUCCUCCAGGUGCUGCUGUGUGUGACCUGUGUGUGGGUUUCCUCCAGGUGCUGCUGUGUGUGACCUGUGUGGGUUUCCUCCAGGUGCUGCUGUGUGUGACCUGUGUGUGGGUUUCCUCCAGGUGCUGCUGCUGUGCUGCUGUGUGUGACCUGUGUGUGGGUUUCCUCCAGGUGCUGCUGUGUGGUGACCUGUGUGUGGGUUUCCUCCAGGUGCUGCUGUGUGGGUGUGCUGCUGUGUGUGGGUUUCCUCCAGGUGCUGCUGUGUGUGACCUGUGUGUGGGUUUCCUCCAGGUGCUGCUGUGUGUGACCUGUGUGGGUUUCCUCCAGGUGCUGCUGUGUGUGACCUGUGUGGGUUUCCUCCAGGUGCUGCUGUGUGUGACCUGUGCUGCUGUGUGUGACCUGUGUGUGGGUUUCCUCCAGGUGCUGCUGUGUGUGACCUGUGUGGGUUUCCUCCAGGUGCUGCUGCUGUGUGUGACCUGUGUGUGGGUUUCCUCCAGGUGUGCUGCUGUGUGUGACCUGUGUGGGUUUCCUCCAGGUGCUGCUGUGUGUGACCUGUGUGUGGGUUUCCUCCAGGUGCUGCUGUGUGUGACCUGUGUGUGGGUUUCCUCCAGGUGCUGCUCUGUGUGUGACCUGUGUGUGGGUUUCCUCCAGGUGCUGCUGUGUGUGACCUGUGUGUGGGUUUCCUCCAGGUUGCUGCUGUGUGUGACCUGUGUGGGUUUCCUCCAGGUGCUGCUGUGUGUGACCUGUGUGUGGUUUCCUCCAGGUGCUGCUGUGUGUGACCUGUGUGGGUUUCCUCCAGGUGCUGCUGUGUGUGACCUGUGUGUGGGUUUCCUCCAGGUGCUGCUGUGUGUGACCUGUGUGGGUUUCCUCCAGGUGCUGCUGUGUGUGACCUGUGUGGGUUUCCUCCAGGUGCUGCUGUGUGUGACCUGUGUGGGUUUCCUCCAGGUGCUGCUGCUGCUGUGUAUCUCAGACUGGAUGGUCCACUCCAUGUGGCGCAGCGGGAAAGACCCGGACAGUUUCUCCAUCCCGUACCUGACCGCUCUGGGAGACCUGCUCGGCACUGCGCUGCUAGCCUUCAGCUUCCACUUCCUCUGGCUCAUCGGAGACCAGGACUCUGACGUGGGGGACUGA